UGAGCAUUUCGCCGAAGAGGUUCAAUUCGGUUUCUAACUCCUCCGAGUUUAGGAAGAAUGAGUCUUUAGUUAACGGUGGAAUGCGCAACUCGAGUAGAUUAUAACCCCCCUUUCAAUAAGUGUUUGAUCUCGAAGCAAUAAUUUUAACAAUCUUAGAUAACAUUUAACAAUUAUAUCUCGCGCUAAACGUAUAAUUCAUCUGUAAUUAAAAAAAAUAUUCGCAAAAAAGAUAAUUUUAAUCUGAGUGCUAGUGAGGUAUUUUUACGGUCUACGAAUAUAACAAUAGCAGCGGAUAAGCCGACAAAAUGAUAACACCAAUUCGGAAAAAGGCCAUUAUCAUAUCUGUCGUAGUAGCGAUAAUAAUAGUCGCUUUAGCAUUAAUCCUUUACUUUGUACUCAGAGAUGAUUCAAAGGAAGUUAGAUUUCGAGGCGCCAUUGUAUCAAAUGGUCUCGGAUGCGCCGAUAUAGGAAGAUCGAUGUUUGAAAAAGACGGAACAGUUGUGGAUGCGGCUAUUGCUACUCUACUUUGUGAUGGUCUCUCAAACCCCCAGAGUAUGGGAUUAGGCGGAGGUUUUUUAGCUACUCUUUACAUCAAAUCAACGGGAGAAACAAUUUCACUUGUUGCCAGGGAAAGUGCUCCUUUAGCGGCUACGGAAGAUAUGUUCGUUAAUAAAACGGUAUCAGGCGGUCUGGCGGCUGGAGUUCCAGGUGAAAUAAAAGGUUACCAAGCUCUUCACAAAAAAUACGGUCGACUAAGUUGGGCUGAACUUAUCGAACCAUCUAUAAAAUUGUGCGAAGAAGGGCAAAUUGUCAGUGGAUAUUUAGCUGUCAAGCUGAAGGAGUAUGAAACAACCAUACAAAGUGUUCCAUCUUUAAAAGAGAUUUUCGUAGACCCUCGUACCGGGCAAGUUUACAAAGAGGGUGAUAAAAUCAAAAGACCUCAACUAGGAGCAACUUUAAGAAUUAUUGCAAAAGAAGGUGAGGAUGCCAUCUACAAUGGAGGCGUCAUUGGCAAAAUGUUAGCUGAAGACAUACAAGGCCACGGUGGGAUUAUAACCGAACAGGAUCUGAAGGAGUACACUGUUAGAUGGGUCAAGCCAGCAACAACACGAUUUAGGGAUUACACUGUUUAUACCGCACCCUCCCCAGGAAGUGGUCCAGUACUUAAUUUAAUACUAAAUCUGAUCCAGAAUCACGUGACCAGUAAUGAUGAAGUGAUGUGGCAUAGAAUAAUAGAGUCCUUCAAACAUGCAUAUGGAUUGCGCACGAAAUUGGGUGACAUUGAGUUCCUUCCAGAUAUCCAGGAGUUGGUUGCAAAUAUGUCUAGCCAAAGCUUCGCUGACGAGCUCUACCACAAAAUCAAUGACGAUUGGACUGUCAACAAUUAUACCUACUACGGCGCAGAAUACGCUACCAAGGAAGAUCACGGAACUGCAAGUAUGUCCGUCGUGGCCCCCAAUGGAGAUGCGAUAACCGUGACCAGUACAAUAAACGGCAUUUUUGGAGCGCAACGAGUCUCACAACAGACAGGGAUUAUUUUAAACAAUGAGAUGGACGACUUUUCUACACCGGGAAAAGUAAAUGAUUACAACCUUCCACCGUCACCGUCGAAUUUCAUAAAGCCGAAAAAGAUGCCACUUUCGUCUAUGGUUCCAACGGUCAUUGUUGAUAAACACGGAAAUCCUCGGCUUCUAAUCGGUGCUGCUGGAGGAACCAAAAUCACGACUUCUGUUGCUCAGGCAAUUUUCCAGCAUCUAAUCCAAAACGAUACAUUAGAAUAUGCCAUCCAUACCCCACGGCUGCACCACCAACUCAGUCCCAUGCAAGUGCAACAUGAAACGAACUUUGACCAGGCCAUCUUGAGCGGGUUGGAAAAGAGAGGACACCCUCUUCGAGAAAUUCCACCAGAGAAUGGUUUCUCGGCUGUCACUGGGAUAAGUGUAUAUAAUGAGAACCGUAUGGAGAGCGUGUAUGAUCCUCGAAGAAAAGGAAGCACGGCAUUCUAUCCGUAUGCAAUCGUUUCAAAUGCGUUAGGUUGUGCCCAAGCAGGAAAGUUAAUGCUACAGAAAAAUGGGACUUUCGUUGACGCAGCUAUUGCCACUUUGCUUUGCGAGGGUGUUGCAAACCCACAGAGUAUGGGGUUGGGUGGAGGCUUCCUAGCCGCAAUUUACAAAAGAUGUACGGGAACAGUCGAAAUGCUUAACGCAAGAGAAAUAGCCCCUAUGGCAGCUAACCUCUCUAUGUUCGCUAAUCCCGCUAUAUCAGGUGGCUUAUCCGUUGCUGUUCCCGGUGAAAUCAAAGGUUAUUAUGCACUUCACCAAAAAUAUGGCGUACUAAAGUGGGAAGAAUUAUUCAAGCCAGCCAUUCAGUUUUGUGAGGAAGGAAUCCCGGUUAGUGAAUACCUGGCUGCAAGAAUACAGCAAAGUAAACGUGCCAUCAUGAAUUCACCAUCAUUGAAAGAGCUUUUCGUUGACCCAGCCACGAAUAAACCUUACCAAACUGGAGAUUUGAUCAAGAACCUCAAAUUAGGUAAAACUCUCAGGGUUUUAGCUGAAGAAGGAGAGGAUGCAAUCUACCAUGGUGGAAGUAUUGGGAAAAUGUUGGUCGACGAUAUACAAUCGCAUGGAGGAAUAGUUACCGAGGAAGACUUUAGGCAAUAUAGUGUGCAAUGGGGAACACCAGCGACUACACAAAUAAAAGACUGCAUCGUUCAUACAGUACCUUUUCCGGGAAGUGGUCCAUUAUUGAAUUUCAUUUUAAACCUAAUCAAUGAGAAUAUCACCAGUAAUCACGAACUCUUGUGGCAUCGAAUAAUCGAGGCAUUCAAGCAUGGUUUCGGUCUGAGAACAUGUAUAUGUAAUGGCGAAUAUGCUCCAGUUUUUAAGGAGUUAUUCUCCCUGAUGUCCUCGAAGGAUUUCGCAGCCGAAAUUUUUCCCAGAAUCAAAGAUGAUCGAACUUUUGACAAGGGUGCCUACUAUGGAGCAAACAACACCCUGGCAGGUGACCGAGGGACAGCCAACGUAGCAGUUCUAGGACCUAAUGGAGAUGCCAUUACAGUAACCAGCACCAUAAAUGCAUUAUUCGGUUCCAAAACAGCUUCACAACAGACUGGUAUUAUUCUCAAUGAUGAAAUGGAUGAUUUUUCGACCCCAGGGAAACUUAACAACUACAGUAUUCUACCCUUACCUGCAAAUUUUGUUAGACCACGAGAACGGCCACUAUCAAGUAUGGUUCCCACCAUUGUACUCGAUGAACACAAAGAUCCACGGCUUAUUUUGGGAGCUGCUGGUGGACCAAAGAUCACUACAGCUGUUGCUCAGGUCAUUAUCCGACAUUUACUUUUGGAGGAACCAUUGGACCAGGCUAUCCAAGCUCCAAGACUUCACCACCAGUUGCACCCAAUGUACAUUCAGUAUGAGUCCGGCUUUGAUGAGAAAAUUUUAGAGUCCCUCAAAGCGAAAGGCCAUGUCCUCAAAAUGCGUUCAGGGAAUGAUGGAUUCUCGGCUGUCACAGCAAUAACCGUUGCUAGCAAAAAAGACGUUCAAGCUGUAUACGAUAAGCGAAGGCCUGGAAGCGUAGCAUACUACGAGUAACGAAUGUCUAGUCAGUCUAUUUAUGUUCAAGGAGUUUGUGACUAAGAUCGCCACCACAAAAAAAUUAUAUAACAUUGAAAAAUCAGUAAAAAAUAAUGGUUGAUAUUGUUUUCUAUUUAUUAU